AUGCGAACCUACGAGGACACCUUCUCCGGCGCGAGAAUUUACCCUGGCAAGUCGCUUGAGGGUGAUGACGACGAUGACGGAUCGCAGGACGAGCACUCGGGUAAGCUCUACGUCCGUGGCGACAGCAAGAUCUUCCGAUUCCAGAACGGCAAGUCGGAGUCUCUCUUCCUGCAAAGGAAGAACCCCCGCCGUAUCGCAUGGACCGUCCUCUACCGCCGACAGCACCGCAAGGGUAUCUCUGAGGAGGUUGCCAAGAAGCGAACUCGCCGCACCGUCAAGUCUCAGCGAGGCAUCGUUGGUGCUUCUCUCGACGUGAUCAAGGAGAAGCGCAACAUCCGACCCGAGGCCCGUUCCGCUGCCCGAGCCCAGGCCAUCAAGGAGAGCAAGGAGAAGAAGCAGGCCGAUGCUGCUGCCAAGAAGUCCGAGAAGGCUAAGCUCGCUGCCCUGGCCUCCAAGGGCCAGGCUGUCCGACAAGUCAGCAAGCAGGGUGCCAAGGGCUCUGCUCCUAAGGUUCAGGCCAAGAGCCGUUAA